CCUGACAUUCUUCUGCCAGCAAGUCUUCACCUUGCCGCGUCUGCCGCUUACAGGGGCCGAGACCUACCACUACCACUGCACAGUGAAAAACCCACAUUCCAAGCAGCUCGAAUCCGUACUUGCCGUGCAGCGCGCUCGCUCGCCCAUAUUCCUCGCACACUGAAGUUUGUGUUAGGCCGAGCGAGGGGAGUGGCAAGGUCAGUGCUGCUGGAUCGCAGUCGCACUGUGCGGCGCACACGCGUCAGCCUCCCACCCUGCUCGCCGAUCUUAGACGUCGAUAGUGCGCUACGAAGACCCCGCGCUCGUCGUCGUCCUGCCUCCACGGCAUCCGAUUUUCGCCAUCGCUCGCAGCGAUCCCCGCUGUUGACGAACCACACUGCUCCACCACAGAACCCACUCUCGUAUGUUGCGCUCGCCACCACUGCUAGAAAUCUGCUCUUUUCCUCAGCAUCGUCGCCACGCCGUGACCUAUCGCUCCUGCCGCCAUCUUCCUUCACAGUUCUGGGCGCCCAGUUGUUCUGGCCUCGUCCCUCAUUCCCCCGCGUGCCUCGAUCCACUGUCGCACUGUCGCGCACCCGCCAUUCUUCUCACCAUCACCCGUUCGUCUGCUGCUCCUGUCUCCUCCCCUCGUCCCUUGCCUCGCGGACAAGCAUCUCGCCAACAGACCUCCGCGCCCCACGAUCACCGUCUUGCCAUUCUUACCCAAGCACCACCCUCUCACCCUCGUGCUGCGCACGUGUGAAGGGUGGGAGGGCGUGGCAGCCGUGGACCAGAGCGACAGAGGCUAGCUUCCGGGCGUCAGUGAGAGCAGCAUCCCCGAGCCCCAUGUAGCGCGCACCCACCCAUCCCCGUGCCGCGACAUCGAAACCCGCUAUAGGGCUGCAGCGGCUUCACUAGCAGUGCCCAUCAGGUUGGGGUGGGAUUGUAGCGACGGCGCAGUGCAAGCCCGGGGCAGCGGGUGUGGGCGGGCGGGCGUGGCGGCAUGGGCAGUCGCGAGGGGUACGGCAGCGGCGGCGAGCGUCCUUUCAUGUCCGCCCGCGCGCGCUCCUCGCUCGCUGCCUCGCAGCGCCGCGAUCUGGACCACUGCUCCUUCCUCGAACCCGGGAACGAGUUCUCCCGCCGCCCGUCCCUGCUCAAUGACAACCUCGACGGAGCCCGCCCCAGCCAGGAGUUUGCUCGGCGGCCGUCCCUUCUCAGUGACAACCUGGACCCCUUCCGAUCCAGUGCGCGUGCGGGGCCAUCGCUGUCGUCGCUGACGGGGUCGUCAUUGGACCCGGUGGACGCCGCUCUCUCGCACACCGCGCUCGCAUCCCACUCCGUGCGCGGGCCCGCCCCUCCAGAUGCCGCCACCGCUGGCCUCUCAGGCACGGGCGUUGCUGAUGCUACGCGCUCCGUGGAGCGCUACAUGUCGUACCUCUCUGGCCACUCCUCCCGCCGCCCUGCCGCCUAUGCACCGCCCUCCGCCCUCGCCAUUCCGUCUGUUGCUGCACCCUCUGGGAACGCGCUCAGUCCCACGAGCGAGCCCGAGGGCAACAUGCGGCGGCACCGCAGCAGGCGCCGCGCCAUGCAGGAGGACAGGCUGGGCCACCUCGCAGGCAGGACGCACAUGCAGCACUCGCGGUCGGCCAAUGCGUGUGAGCGGGGCUUCAUGAGUGGAGGGGAGGGCGGGCCGGGGCGGUACGAGCGCAUGGGCGCGCUGGAGCGCAUGUCGCUGCUCAGCGGCGCCGUCAGCGAGUCGGAGGGCGGUGCUGCCAUCAGCGCGCGCGCUGCCCCCUACCUCAUGCGCCGCACACCCGUCUCCGGCAGCGUUGAAACAAGUCCCGAGGCGGUGCAGGCAUACCGGUCGAGUUCGGACAAGCGCAUGGGUGCGACGGCGGCAGCAGCCGUGGCUGCAGUGACGUCCGCCUCCCACACGCCCACCCCGCCUGCCUCCGGUGCCGCGCUCGCUGCAGGGGGAGGGGGGAUGGGCGGACUGGGAGGAAUGCAGGCAGGAGCAGUGGGGGGGCCAGUGCCACCAGGGGCCGGGAGGUCGGACGGCAGCAUGUCGGACCACUCGUUCAUGUCGGCGCGCUCCAGGGCGUCCCUGGCCCUCAUGCACCGGCGCUCCUUGGACACCGCCUCCCCCCACAGUCCAUACAGGCGCAGCACAGUGGGGUCAGAUGAUGCCGACGCCAGGCAACCGCCCUCCAGUUCAACAGCAUUGGCGGAUGCAGCAGCAUCAGGCUCGGCGGCAGCAGGGCCGGCAGCAGGAGGACUGGCCCCCACGCCCCCGGUGGGUCCAUUUGAGGCCGCGCCCCCUCUGGUUCGCCGCCGCACCUACUCCGCUGCUGACGGGUCCUCUGAGAUCGUGCCGGCAGGCAUGGAGCAGAAUCGCACGUUCCUCCCCACGCCGCCGCCGCGCAGAGGAGUGGGGGAGCCAUCUGCUCCGCGUGGUCGUCGGCGUGCCACAGCACCGGAGGUCAGCGACGAGGUGGCCAAGAAGGUGCGGGAGUACAACGAGGCGAUCCGCAGGGACCGGCGGGCGCUGAGAGUGGAGACGGCAGCGGCGGCAGCAGCGGAGCAGCAGAUCAUGGCGGACGGCAGCGACCCCUCCAUUGCGCCCUCGCCGCUGCCCCCCACCUCCUCCACCUCUGUCUCUGCAGCCCCAUCCUUCUCAGCCCUGCGUGUGUGCCCCACGUGCCACCAGCACUGGCCGCUCGCCCCCGGCCUGCUCUCACCUGCCGUCCCCGCCACUGCCGCCUCCACCCCCUCCACCGCCACCACCCCCGCUGCCCUCUCCACCUCCGCUGCUGUCGGCUCUGACGGCCGUGGCAGUGAUGCUGGGGGGCCGGGACAGGGGGAGGGAGAGGGGAGGCGCGCAGGGGAUGGGGGAAGGACGGAGGGGGCAGGUUGUGGGGAGAGCUUGGAAGGGGGGGUGGUGAGGGAGGAAGAGGGGGAUGUGGGAGGCGCGGGCAAGGGUGACAGGGCUGAUGGGGAGGGCGACGGGGAGGGCAGAGACCAGGGGGAAGCAAGAGAAGUGACAGGUCGAGAGGAUGGGGACGAUAGGAGGGGCAGCGAGGAGAGAGGUGGGGAGGAGAAAGUUGGGGAGCAGGAAAGUGGGGAGGACGGAGGCAGGGAGGAGUCAGUAACGGCCCAGCAAGGACAGGAGGGCGAGCAAGAGAGGCAGGCAGCAAAUGGGGGGCAGUCUGGGGCAACAGCAGCUGCAGGAAGCGGCGAGAGCAGCAGGGGCGUGCAGCAGCAGCAACAACGGCAGGGCAUGAGCCACCGGUCGCAGCCAUCGCUGGGCAACACCAGCGGCAGCUCAGGCUACGUCAGUCCUCUUCCCCCCGCCUCCCCGCGCCCGCAAAACCCCACCUCGCCACCACCACCCGUCUCCUCCCACCCGCCCUCCCUGCAUCGCCCCAUGCCCCCUUCAACCUCGGCACCGGGCAGUGGAGCGCUCUCCUCCGCCCCUGGCAGCCAGAGGCACGGCGUGCCUGCUGUGCCGGCUGUGCCUGGUGCGCCCCCUGCAGUGAUCCCAACGCUACCAGCGGCGGCAGCGGCAGUGGUGGCCAGCGAGCAGUGGGCCAUCGACUUCAACGAGCUGCGCCUCGGCAUCCGAGUGGGCAUCGGGUCGUUCGGGGAGGUUUUCAGAGCGGUGUGGCGGGGUACAGAGGUGGCGGUGAAGCGGCUGUUGUUGCAGGAUGACCCGUCGCCGGAGGAGUACGAGGACUUCUACAACGAGAUCUCACUGCUCAGUCGCCUGCGCCACCCCAAUGUGCUGCUAUUUAUGGGCGCGUGUGUGCAGCACCCGCAGCUGUGCAUGGUGACGGAGUACAUGCACAUGGGGUCGCUCUACCGCAUCAUCCACAGCCGCGAGCCCGGCCAGGGUGGCGAGUCGCUCAGCUGGAAGCGCCGCUACAAGAUGCUCCGAGACAUCUGCAGGGGCAUGCUGUGCGUGCAGCGCAUGAGCAUCGUGCACCGCGACCUCAAGAGCGCCAACUGCCUCGUGGACAAGCACUGGUGCGUCAAGAUCUGCGACUUCGGCCUCUCGCGCCUCGCUCCCGACGGCCACGUGGUGGGGCGCACGGCGGCGGGCACGCCGGAGUGGAUGGCGCCGGAGCUGCUGCGCAACGAGGUGUGCUCGUUCAAGUGCGACGUGUUCAGCAUGGGCGUCAUCAUGUGGGAGCUCGUCACGCUCCGACGGCCCUGGGAGGACGUCAAGAACCCGCUCGAGGUGGCAUACGCAGUGGCGCAUCGCAAUGCGCGGCUGCCUGUGCCGGACGGCAUGCUGGGUCAGCUCAUUGCAGACUGCUGGGAGGACGACCCGGAGAGGAGGCCCAACUUUGAGCAGAUUCUGGAGAGGCUGCACGAGUGCGAGUACCUGGACGCGUGAUGCGGCGCACCGUGCAUCCCCAUGCGCCAUGCCUCAUGCUGCAUGCCGCAUGCACAUGGCUCCUGGUUCCUGGAAGCCAAAAGUUUUGAGUGGACAACAGUGACCGCACUCAGUGCAUGCGCAGUGCUGCCGUACACCCGGCCGAGCACCCUGCUUCAACGCUGCCGCCUGCCUUGCCAUCCCUUCACACAUCCAUGCCCCUCGCAGGCCACCCCUUCCACAUGCGCCCCUUGUUCCAGGGCACGUGCAUACUAGAAGACUUGCUUUCACGACUACAAGUACUACUACAGUGUGCUACAGUGUUGCACACUGGCACGCACAGUGGAAUAAGCCAGCUACCAACAUGGAAGCUGGCAUGAACGUUUUGUGUGUUACAAUGCUCUAUGGUGGAUGAGAUGCGGCCACUAAACUGGAUCAUGUUAU